UUCACACAUGUAUACACUGUGUCGAGAGCAUAUCUACCCCACUUCCCUCCUCCUAGUCCUCUGUAACCUCCCGACGUGUCCAUCUCUCAUCCUGAGGCUCUUCAUAGGCAGUUUGUGACUAGUUUCACCGAGAAGAAAGGGACUAACAUAAAAGCCAAACAGCCCAGCUACCAUUCCUGCUGCCUGAGAAGCACCACAGUCCCUGAAGGGUUUCCUAGUCACUGUUCACAGUAGCUGAUUUGGAGUCUGCUUCCUUUGCGGCCCUUUGCUUAUUGCUCUCUUCUCUUAGCCUAGGAGCCUUAGUGACCUCAGGGCAGUUAAGAGCCAAGCAAAGGAGAGCCUUCCACACCAAGCCUGGAGGGGCGGAUGCCCAGGCAGACAGGGAGCAUCUGUGCUCCAUCUGCAAUGCCUGGGUUCCCUGGUGCUCCAUCAGGAAUUUAUGAGAACGUUACUGCUUGCUUCCACAUGGCCCUGGGCCUUCCUUCUUGUGCAGACUGCCGUCUGUCUGCCUUUUACUUGGUUCCCUGUCAAAGGAAUUCUCUGGAUUCCCUUGGCACCAAAACAAUGGCACACGAACCACAGCUGGCAGGAGAUGGAAUGGGGUGUCUUGAGCGGCCACAGGGGAUGGAAUGGGGUGUCUUGAGCGGCCACAGGGGAUGGAAUGGGGUGUCUUGAGCGGCCACAGGGGAUGGAAUGGGGUGUCUUGAGCGGCCACAGGGGAUGGAAUGGGGUGUCUUGAGCGGCCACAGGGGAUGGUGUCAAGCACGGCUCUGGAUCCCAAGCACUUCAUCGGUUGUUUUCAUGGCACAGAACUGCUUCCCCCAGCACCGAGUCAGUUCGGUGCCCAGCACAGAUUAACAACAGAACUGUCGAUGCCCCUCCAGAGCCAGGAUGAAAGGGUUGGCGACGCCCUGACGUCUUCAUCAGGCAGUUCAAGAGUCUUGGAACCACAGAAUGUUUUGUUCAGGGGCCUCAACAACAGUCUCUUUUGGAAUAGAUUAGUUUCAAGAUGGAAGGACAGCAGCGAAGACAGGAAGCAAAGGGAUAUUUAAAACCUGACCAAGCCAGGCGGUGGUGGUGCAUGCCUUUAAUCCCAGCACUUGGGAGGCAGAGCCAGGCGGAUCUCUGUGAGUUCGAGGCCAGCCUGGGCUACCAAGUGAGUUCCAGGAAAGGCACAAAGCUACACAGAGAAACCCUGUUUCGAAAAACAAAACAAAACAAAAUAAAACCUGACCGAGAGGAGGUGAGGUGGGGUCAUUUAAAUGCAGACAAGAAGGAAUAUGGUGGGAAACCAAAAGGUGAGAUGGUUCAGUGGGAAAAGACACUUGUCACCAAGUCUGAGGACCUGAGUUUGACCCUAGAACUCACAUAGUAGAAGGUGAGAACUGACUCCCAAAAGUUGCCCUCAGCUUCCACGUGUGUAAUACUGCACAUAUGUGCUGACAUGCGCGCACGCUCUCUCUCACACACAAUUAACUAAUUCAAUUAAAAGAAAAUUUUUCUUUCCCAAGACAGGGUUUCUCUGUGUAACCUUGGCUGUCUUGAAACUUGCUCUGUAGACCAGGCUGGCCCAGAUCUCAUAGACCACAUGCCUUGAGUGCUAGGAUUAAAGGCAUGCACCACCACUACUCGGCAAAUUUACUUUUUUAAAAACUUAGAGAAAGGUAAUUUUUAGCAUUUCCCCUGCACAUUAUGAAAGAAAAGAUGGGCCCCAUCACAGACAUUCAAAGCUGGAACAUUUGGUACUUUUUGCAACUUUCAGGAAUCUAUGGUACUAAGACUCCUAGCUGAGGAAAACACCCAGGUUGAGGGAGAGAUUCUGCCUCAAAGGAAUAGUGAAGAGUCAUAAAGGAGGACACCAGAUACCUUCUUCUGGUCUUUGUGCAUGUGUACUGGUGUGUGCACAUGCGCGCGCGCGCGCACACACACACACACACACACACACACACACACACAAUUCCAGCACUAGGAAGCUGGGGCAGCAGGAUCAUACAUCUAAAGCAAAGUUAAUAUAAGUCAAGUGGCUAUUUUCUGAGCUUCCACAAGGUUCCUGCUGUCUUAAUUCCAGAGUUUCCUCAGAAGGAAAAGCUCCUGUAGCAUCCUCAUCCCUCCCCUUUGGACAGUUCCCAGGAUGUCUGUUCUAUCUAGAGGACACGGUAACUGUGCAGCGAGAUUGUGUGAUCCUCAUGGCUAGGGUGGGAAGAGGCAUAAAGAAACCGUACAUUUUAGAAAUUGUUGAGAAUGAGAAUAUCUUUUUUCUUUUCUUUCUUUCUUUUUUAAAUUCAUUUUACUGAGUGAGGAUAUCUUAUACAGUGUUUUUAUUUGCCUAUUUUAGUUUUUGGUUUUCUGAGACAGUCUUCCUAUGUGGCCUAAGCUGGUCCUUGAACCUUAGUGCUAUUUCUCGUGUCAGAGUGCUGGGAACAUGGGCAUAAGCUACCACACCUGACAAAGCGUCUUUGUGACUUGCUGGAGAAGGGAGACACAGAGAGGCAAACACAUAGGUUUUCCGGUGGCACAAGGUGCUGGUGAUUGAACCCAGGACCUCACACAUGUGCUAGGAAAGUGCUAUUCCACUAAACUAUCUCCAGUCUCCCCACUCCAAAUUAGGAAAUAUUCAGGGUAGGGAAGUUUAUUACAAUAUAAUUGUAAUUUAAAAUAAUCUCACCUGUGCAUAUUAAUUAAACACAUCUUACAGAGUGAUGCCCAACAUACGCUCCUGCAUCCUGCUUUGGCACAUAACAUAGGCAUUUCUAUUUUACUAAGAUAUUUCACACGUCCUUUUUUGUUUUGUUUCCUGAGUUCUGAGAUGGUCUCACUAUGGAGUCCAUGAACCUGCUCUCUCCUGUCUCAGCUACUGCAAUGCUGGGAUUUCAGGUGUGAGUUAUCACAAUUGGCCUCAUAAUUCUUCUUAAUGCUGUGCCAACAAGCCAUCACCAAGAGAAUCCAGCUGGCUGAUAGUGGUACCUGGUGGAUCCAGGCCACAAGGAAAGCUGUGCAGGCACUCACAACUCCAUGUGCCCUCUGGAAACUGUCCCUGGAGGCCAAGCACUGCCUGGUGACAGGCUGGGUAUAUUCUGCUUGCAAGUGUCUCCUGGAUGGAUGUGGACCUCGGACCUAAUCCAACCCAGCAUGUGGCACAGGUUGGUUCAAGCCUCAGAGUGUCAAAGCACAGAGUCUGUGUGGGCCAGGUUUCCAACUGAGGAGCCUGUCAGAGGCAUGCUGUAAAAAUGACGAAUGGCUGUCGCGUUUCCAAGGCUCUGGCUGAUUUAGGGAGCUACUGGCAGGCACAUCGCUCCCAGUGUGUCAGCCAGUUAAUUACUUCCAACUUUAUCUUUUUUGUCAGUGCUUCUUGACAAAUUGGCUGUUAUCUUUUUACUCUGCAACAGUGAGCACUGCCCCUCUUCUGGUGAUGCCUGGAGGUUUUUCUCCCUUUUCCAGAGAGAAAUGAAGAGCUCAGGGAGAGACUAUGAAGAAGAUGCGGGUGGGGAGGGCUCAGAGCUCAACCUUGAUCUAGUUGGAUGCAAAGCACACUGGGUAUUUUGGGUGAAGUCUGAUCUUGGCCUCUGGAUGGCCAAGAUCUUGGAACUCUGUCUAGCAUGUGGAUGAGGUGAGAAACACAACUUUCUCUUUCUUCUCAGUGCCUUUUUUUGUUUUUCGAGACAGGGUUUCUCUAUGUAACAGCCCUGGCUGUCCUGGAACUUGCUCCGUAAACCAGGCUGGCCUUGAACUCACAGAGAUCCACCUGCCUCAGUCUCCCAAGGGCUGGGAUUAAAGGUGUGCACCACCAUGCCUGGCUUCUCAGUGUUUUCUAUUGAAAAGAAAUGACUAUACUUUUCUUGCAUUUCCUUUUCUUUUUUACCAUGCAGCUCAGGCUAGCCUUGAACUUGCUAUAUAGCGAAAAUGGUCAAAAACUUACACUUCUCCUGCCUCUACCCUCUGAGUACUAGGAUAUUAGGAGAGUGUCACCACAACUGGCCUGCACAUCUUAAUGUUUCUACUGUGUUGGAAGAUUUGGUGUUUGGCUUAUCUCAAGAGGCUGAAGAUAAUCUCCUACACAACUUGUUAUGAUUUUGCCUUUCACAUCUAGAAUUUAAAUCUAGAACUGAAAUUUUGUGCAUGGUGUGAAGUAGGAUCAAAAUCUGAAUGUUCUCUGCUUGAAUGCUAACCAGCUGGUUCACUACACUUAUUGCAAAGGUUGGCCUGUCCCCAGUGCUCUCUGCUGCACUAUGACACUGGUUCUGGGGCAACAGGAUGUAUAGCAUCCACUAUUUAUAUGAUCAUAUGGUACACGACACUUCUGCGACUCGUGGCUUAAGCACAGCAUCACUGGAGAGACACGAGGUCACCUUAAAGAGCUCCACGGAGUUUAGCAGAUUUUGAAUGACAUUAAACACUAAUGAACUCCACGGAGCCAAUGAAGACUGCUAAACCAGCCAUUCACUAAAGAAAGUGAAAAAGGAGCGGACGAGCAUAGUGCCAACCCCGAAUCUCUGAGCAGGUUAACCCAGAAGAUCCUGUCAGUAACAUCCUGAUCCCCAAGGAAGCGAAAAAGUCAGGAGAUGAGGGGAAACAAGAGGCAGCCUAUCUGAGUCCUUAAUGCUCGUUCAUUCAGAAACGUAAACCUGCGGCUAACCUGAGCGGCCUCAACAGAAACCUCUUUCUGCGGAGCCAGACACUGGGCUGGAAGGGCCCAGAAAGGCUGCAGCAGGAAGAGCUGUGCAGUGUCAGGCUUGGGUGGGGGACCCACACUGAGGACCAAGUCAAGUGACUGUCUCAGGGGCUCACCAUCAUAGAAACAGCACACACAGGUUCCAAAGAUAGAGCUCCUGUGGCAAGGACAGAGGGACCUUUGUAUAGUUUUAGUGAAAAGUUCCAUGGUUUUACAUGAUUUUAGGAGAGCACUUCAAAUAAAGGAUAUAAAGUUUGUAAUAACUCCGUUUCUCAGGCAAAAUCAUACGCAGGUACAGAAGGACUAACAUCAAGUUGCAAACCAUACUGCAUAGAGAGAGAACCUAGACUCCUGAUCUAGAUUUAUUAGGUGAUAUGGAGUUUUCUUCUCUGCGUUUGAAGCUCAGGCAAAGGCUGAGCCUAUUCACUGCUGCCCAGACACAGACACAAGUGGGUGACCAAUCCCAGAGCCGUGCCUGGCAUGGCUGAAUCUUCUGCUCUGUCCUAAGCAUAUGACACCUCCUUAUCAAAUGUCAGGUGAUCUUUUUGGAAGGAAGGUGUGUAAAAAGGAAGACAAAUUCAGAUUCAACAGGAUUUUGUAAAACCCUGAGUGAUGACCAGAAGAAGACCUAUCCAGCCCGGUUACUUUGCCCACACUCAUCGGGAUGUCCACAUAAACCAGAACUGCAAGUAAACAGCAUGGAUUACCUUAGCAGGCCUCCCUAGCUCAGCAGUCUCCGUCCAGACUCCUUUUCACUACCUCACCCUCAGUCUGUGUUAUGUAACCUUCAGACGGGAGUUUGGAAACUCUUCUACUGCCUGUCUGCUGAUAGAGCUGAGCCAGAGGCUGGCAGGGGUAUAAUCUAAUAGGCGCAACUGGAAACAAAUUCACAGCCUUCUGUCUGAGCCCAGAGACUGUACAGACAAGGAAACAAACACUGGCCCCGUCCCCUCCUCCUCUGCUCUGGCCUAAGUUUGCGCUGACUUCACUCAACAGGCACCUGACCCUCCCAGAUGAGGUGGGAGGGGCUUGAGCACACAGCCAUGGUAGGGUGGAGGUACAGGCACUAACAAUAUUUAAGAUGCUGCCUUGGUGGGGCAUUUAGACCUGGGAAGGAAAGUGUUCCAGUACCCACUGAGUUCCACUUCAGAAACUCUAGCUUUGAGAAAGACUAAGAAAGCGCAGAGGAAGGAAACCACCAGGAAGGAAGAAAACUGCCCGUGUAAGUCACAAGCUUCCCGCAGUUUCAUAGACCUCUGUCAGGUACAGACUCUAGAGGAAGACCUCUCCAACAGGCCCACAGACAUGCUGAGGAAGACCUGGUUAUGCAUUGUCCUUGUGGCCUUUGUCAGCCACCCAGUGUGGCUGCAGAAGCCUCCUAAGCGCAAGACACCUGCACAGCUCAAAGCAGCGGUGUGCUGUGAGGAGAUGAGGGAGCUCAAAGCCCAGGUUGCCAACCUCAGCAGUCUGCUGGGUGAACUGAGCAAGAAGCAGGAGAGUGACUGGGUCAGUGUGGUGAUGCAGGUGAUGGAGCUGGAGAGCAGCAGCAAGCGCAUGGAGUCACGGCUCACGGUGGCCGAGGGCAAGUACUCAGAGAUGAACAACCAGAUCGACAUCAUGCAGCUACAGGCAGCCCAGACUGUCACUCAGACCUCGGCAGAUGCCAUCUAUGACUGCUAUUCCCUCUACCAGAAGAACUACCGAAUCUCUGGAGUGUACAAGCUUCCUCCCGAUGAGUUCCUGGGCAGCCCUGAGCUGGAGGUGUUCUGUGACAUGGAAACUGCAGGCGGAGGCUGGACCAUCAUCCAGAGACGCAAGAGUGGCCUUGUCUCCUUCUACCAAGACUGGAGACAGUAUAAGCAGGGCUUUGGCAGCACCCGAGGGGACUUCUGGCUAGGGAAUGAACACAUCCACCGGCUUACCAGGCAGCCAACACGGCUCCGUGUGGAGCUGGAGGACUGGGAGGGUAAUGCACGCUACGCAGAGUACAGCCACUUUGCACUGGACAAUGAACUGAACAGCUACCGCCUCUUCCUGGGGAACUACAGCGGCAAUGUGGGGAAGGAUGCCCUCCUCUACCAUAACAACACGGUCUUCAGCACCAAGGACAAGGACAAUGACAACUGCUUGGACAAGUGUGCAGAGCUCCGCAAAGGUGGCUACUGGUACAACUGCUGCACAGACUCCAACCUCAAUGGGGUGUACUACCGCCUGGGGGAGCACAAGAAGCACAUGGAUGGCAUCAGUUGGUAUGGCUGGCACGGAGCCAACUACUCCCUCAAACGGGUGGAGAUGAAGAUCCGUCCAGAAGUCUUCAAGCCCUAACUAACUAAGAAACCUGCUGCAAUGCAGAGCUAUGGAAGUGAGACAUGUGGAAGGCUGAGGGGGCAGCAGGAUGGGAGGAGGGUGGAGAAAGGGUAGGAAGGGAAUGGUCUAUCAUCUACAAUGAAGAGCCACCCUCUAAGGAGCAGGACAGAACUCUAUCUGUGCUGCCAAUGUGAGCACAUGCACACACAAUAGAACUACACAUACAAAUAGCACUCACUAGCAAAUGGCAACAGUUAGGCCCAGUGGGGCCUGCCUCGGGUGCCCAGGGGGAGGACUGCGUGGGCCCAGAGAGCAGCAGCAUCUUCCACACGACUCACCUGUGGAAAACAGUAAUCCUGGGGUCACUUUACCCAUUUUCUCUAACAGAGGCUUAGACGAAAUGAGGGCAAGAGCAAAUGAAAAGAACUGUUGUGAUUCUCAGAGGAGAGGCCUUGGGCAACAAGAGCGGAUGAUGAAGAGGAGGCUUCCUCUUCUUAAAUCCCAUGACAUUUCCUGUGUCUACAGGAUUUGUUUUGUUUUUCUUUUUGAGAGAGGGUCUCUCUACAUAGCUCUGGCUGUCCUGGACUCAUUAUGUAGCGGCUGGCCUUGAACUCACAGAGAUCUACCUGCUUCUGCUUCCCAAGUGCUGGGAUUAAAGGCUUGCGCCUCCAUGACAGGCACAUAGGCUUUUUUUUUUUUUUUGGUUUUUCGAGACAGGGUUUCUCUGUGUAGCUUUGCGCCUUUCCUGGAACUCGCUUUGGAGACCAGGCUGGCCUCGAACUCAGAGAUCCGCCUGGCUCUGCCUCCCGAGUGCUGGGAUUAAAGGCGUGCGCCACCACCGCCCAGCUGCACAUAGGCUUUUUAAGAGACAAAAAUGUUGGGGCUGAAGACCAGCUGCCCAGGUUGGACUUGCUUCUGUUAGGUCUGGGUCAGGGAGUACACUGUAAGGCACGCUGUGGGUCUGAUGUGGAAGGGAAGACCAGUGGGAGGUGAGUCUCAGAGUGAUCACAGCACAGCCUUACAACAUUCUCAGUCAACAUACGUAUCCAUUUAUACUCAUUCUGUAAGAAAUGGACUGAAGAGAUAGAUCCCCUUUAUAACACUGUCUAUAAGAAAAAUGUCUGGAAAAUGAAGGUAGAUGGCGCUGUGGUUACAAACUUAGGCUGUAUAUGAGAAGCAUCUUGCUUUGUAAAAAUAAAAUAUUGUAGUUUCUGUUUUAAACAUUCAAAAUAUCUUUUUUCUUUUACAAUUAAUACUAUCAAAAUUUGAGUAUUUUCUUUUAAAUUCUUAUUAUUACCAUUGAGAGUGUGGUAAAAACUUCAGGCAAAAAGUCAGAGUGAGCAGUUGGGUCCAUAGUCAAGGAAACCAAAGAGGCAGGAAGCCAGGAAAGGAAAGAUGCAGUGGGAGGGCAAGGGGCAAAGGGCAGAGAGGAAUGGGCAGGGGGCAAAGGGCAGAGAGGAAAGGGCAGGGGGCAAAGGGCAGAGAGGAAAGGGCAGGGGGCAAAGGGCAGAGAGGGGGAAGGGCAUAAGCCAUCGGAGAGCAGGAGCAGAGCCUGGCAUUGGCAGCCCCACACCACCUUGGUCUCACACAGGGAUGUCAGUGGUUUGGCCCUUUAGAAGAACCGUCCUCUGGAGGAAGUCAGUUCAAGAUAAGCCACGUCUCUCUCUCACUUAGUAACUUCUACUGUACGCACAGUUCUCUGGUUCCUGAGAAGCCACUUUCCCUCACGAACAAGAACCUCGGGAAUUUUUCAAAGAAAUAAAGUGAGAAGAGAAGCUGCAUAAAAUAGGGAUUCCCAGGGGAGCUAUUCAAACAGAAACUUCCUCAGGCAGGCAG